AUGGUCCACCUCAUCGAGCACUUGCACCAAGCGAGUGUAAAGCUACAUCAGGGACAAGAGGUCAAAAUGAUUAGCGUGGAUCUCUCCGACUUUGCCGAGUUCAUCUCCGUCGUGCAGAACAGGUUCAUCUUCUCCACCUGCAUAAGCCGCAGCAAACUCUCCGUGGAAGAUUCCCGAAGAUGGUACUUACAGAUGACCAGCAAUAACUGGUCUCGGACACACGAGAAAGACACGGACACCACCACAUUGGCCUACGGAGUCAAGGAGAUGUUGCAGCGCCAAAAGUUCCUGCAA